AAAGGGCUGAAAAUCGAAAUAAAUGUAGCUCUUGGGGCCUCAACAUACAAAAAGCAGCGUCAAAUUCGAAGUAAAGUAUCUGUUUAUUAUUUUAAAAGCACGUACAGACGCUAUGCUUAAACAACGUUAGUGAAAAUUGACAUUUUAAUUCUUGUGAGUGGACUGUCAUGGGACACAAGCUUAUGUAACAUUUUUGUGCAUCUAAAUAUCACAAUUAUAACUGAUAAAGGUUGUUUACCUACUCCAGAAGGUACUAAAACCUCCACUAAAACCAAAAAAUGUUGCGACGCUGCUCGAAACAUUUGCAAACAUUAUACCGGAGACAGGGGCAGAGUCUCCGGUACUCCACCGAAGCCCCAAAGGUCUACGGAGCCCUAAACCAAGCCGCUGCAAGAUUAUCGAAAACCAAGAUUGUUACCCGAAACCAGGCAGCAUCAAUCCAUUUUACGAGCCCGCUUUUUGGGCAAGAACAAGAUGUACCAACACCAGCGUUUCCUGAUUCCGUAUCAGAGGGCGAUGUCAAGCUGGAUAAGAAAGUGGGAGACCAAGUAGCAGCAGACGAAGUAGUACUUGAAAUCGAAACAGACAAAACCGCAAUUCCCGUUAUGGCUCCUGGCCAUGGAAUCAUAAAGGAGUUGUAUGUCAAGGAUGGUGAUACUGUGAAAGCUGGACAAAAGUUGUUCAGAAUCGAGAUUACUGGCGAUGCGCCGAAGAAGGCUGCGGCGGCUGCUCCUGAACCUCCUAAAGCCGAGGCAGCACCGCCACCACCCCCACCUCCGACUGCUGCUGCUCCUCCACCUCCUCCAGCUGCCGCUGCCCCUCCGCCUCCACCUCCCCCACCUCAAACACCCCCGCAACGAGCGCCUCCUUCUGCUCAACCUUCUAGCGGCCCUAUUUCCUCUAUCCCAGUCGCUGCAAUCCGUCAUGCUCAGGCAAUUGAAACUGCCUCUGUGAAAGUCCCACCAGCGGAUUACAGCAAGGAAAUCUCUGGGACCCGUACUGAACAACGCGUGAAAAUGAACCGCAUGCGUCAACGCAUCGCCCAACGUCUAAAAGAUGCUCAAAACACUAACGCGAUGUUGACGACGUUCAACGAAAUCGACAUGACCAAUAUCAUGGCGUUCCGCAAAAAAUAUCUGGAUUCGUUCACUAAGAAGCACCACGUCAAACUAGGUCUCAUGUCGCCUUUCGUCAAGGCAGCAGCUAACGCGUUGAUGGACCAACCGGUUGUGAACGCGGUGAUUGAAAACAAUGAAAUUAUAUACCGUGAUUACGUUGACAUUUCUGUAGCCGUCGCUACUCCUAAAGGCCUGGUCGUGCCUGUUAUAAGGAACGUCCAGACCAUGAAUUAUGUGGAUAUCGAAAAUACGAUAGCGCAAUUGGCGGAAAAGGCGAAACAGAAUAAGAUUACCAUUGAAGAAAUGGACGGUGGCACCUUCACGAUUAGCAACGGUGGUGUCUUUGGAUCUUUAAUGGGUACCCCAAUAAUCAACCCCCCUCAGUCAGCCAUUUUGGGCAUGCACGGUAUCUUCGAGCGACCCAUCGCGUUAAACGGCCAGGUAGUGAUUAGGCCUAUGAUGUACAUCGCUCUGACUUACGACCACAGAUUGAUUGACGGUCGUGAAGCAGUGAUGUUCUUGAGGAAAGUAAAAGAAGGCGUCGAAGAACCUGCUACUAUCGUUGCCGGAUUGUAAUCUUUAGAAUAGUAUUAUACGAAUCCAUGCAUUCGGAAGUCAACAAAUCAGAAAAUAUUUUACCAUAUCUUUUUUGAAUUACGUUGCUUACCUGAUCCGUGGUUUUUAACAACAAAUCAUGUAAAAUAUUUCAUAUAUUUAAAAAGAAAGUUUAAUAGCAUUUUAGUCGCCUCAGUGGAUGCACGAUCUUUGCGUCUGUAAGUUUGUUUGUAUUUAUUGAAUACGUACGUAUUGUGUAUUGUAUUAUUUAACGUGUAUUAAGUAUAACUCAAUCAAAGUACAUUUCCUCAAUGUCGAUCGAAAAUGUUGUUUUAUUUUUAAUUAAGUUUUUUCUUUUACAUAUUAAUUUAAAAUGUACGUAGCAAUUAGUUUGUUUUGUCUCAAUUUUCGAUUAAUUUAUUUA